AUGUUGCAUAUUCUUUCCCAUCUUUUGAGAGACCAUCACGCUCCUAUAAGCUCACAGGCGCGCUGGGCACUCUUCUUGUGUCUUACAUUAUUCAUCAUCAAGUCCACAGCUUUGACCGUUGCACAUUUUCCCACUAACAGCACAACCAACGACGAUCUUGAACCAAUACCACCAUUCUCAGCCGGCGGUCUCGACUACGUAGGCAAUAUCGACCGUUCCAAAACCCUCGGCGAGAAAACUUUCUUCAUCUUACGGCAAGCAAUCCGACCCUCAUGGAAAGGCGUCCGCGAGAACGUGCGCACACGCGCCGGGCGCACCGAACUCGAUUACCAAGGUGUCAAAGGCCAAUACACAGCCACCUUCGACUUCCUGAUGCAGGGCGGUCCCGCGCUCACAUACGGGCAAGUAGCAACUAUAAUCGAAAAUCUAGCGGCGCAUUUAGAGCAAUAUCCAGACCUUGUCAUCCACCCGCUCCAAACUCUCGUCUCGGUUGGUCAAAAUAUCAAGAUCAUCUGUACCGUUGACCAAGACGACGGCGCCGAUAUCGACUUCGAAGUCGAUGACACGUAUCUUGCCUUUGAAGGGAAAUCAUAUCCCGACAGGCCACUGAAGACCUGGGAAAUCUUGACCCUCAUCGACAAAGUGAGAGCCCGGUUCGAGCGAGAGAUAGUGCGGACUUCGCUACCUGCUCCAGUGCCCUUGUAUUAUGAGUUGAGUCUUGUGUCUCGACAGUCUCAGGUGGAGAUCUCGUUUGAUGAUCUGGAUGAGGGCGGGAAGUGGCCGUAUUUCACGUUUCAGGAAUUACUGUUGUGGCUGGGGGAGAUGAAGGUGUGGGUGCAGGAGCAUUCGGGGUGUGGUCAGAUAUGGGGUCAGAUUAUAUGGGAGGUGCCCACGUCGGACAGUGUUACUAUUGGAGAUGUGAGGUUUACGGAUCUGGAUUUGGGUUCGGCUGCUGUGUCGUCGAAUAUAACGACUAUUUGA